UUUGAUUUCGUAUCUCCUUUUCGAGUUCCCAAUUUCCAAUUGUUUUGUUGGUUCUAGUUUGUAGUUUUUCAAUUUGCUGCCUGUUUUGAAUCUGAUUUAUCGACAUUAAUGAACACAAUCUCUCUCUUUCUUUUUGUUUUCUGUUUUGUUGAAUGUUAAUUGUGUCGUGUAUCACUAAAAUUGGAAUUGCUUCGCCUUAUUAUCUCACCAAGAAUUCUCCUUUAUUUCCUUUUUGGCAUAUGAUGAACUGAAUUCUCGGUUUGUGAUUUUUCCAUAGAAAUUCAUCUUGCUUCUCGUGGUUGAAGAAAAGUCCUUUGAAAGGCUGCAAAUUCUUUCGAUGGGCAAGACGAAUAGAAUUACUUGCCAUUAGGAAUCAAACUGCUCUGUAUAUGUAUAUAUUGGGUGGUUCGGUAGUAGGAAUCGAACUGAUGUAGCAUUGCUGACCUCAACUGCUAACCACUCAAGCCCUGCCUUAUUUCUCGGAUGUUUUUCCAUAUAGAAUCAAGAAAAUGUGGAUCUUUCUCAUGGUUGGGUGUAGAUGAGCAAAUUGUAGGUUAACUAGUCCCAUAGAGGGCUUUCGCUUGUUUAUUCUUUCUUUCUAAUUCUUCAGCAUCUUUCACAUCCGUGAGUGAAGAUGCAAUCUACAUUUGCUGACUUUGCCAAUUCGAGGCUUCUUAUUUUUUGGAAACUUCCCAUGUCCUUGCUUACUAUGAAUCUGCGAGGUCGACCAUGGGUGAAAGCUUUAGAUGAAGUUACAAAAGAACUUUUGGGCUGUUGUGAGCCUUAAAUAUGAAUUAUCAUCGAUUGCUUAUGAAAGUGGGGAAUUGGUUUUAAUAUUUGUGCUCAUGUGGAUGUCUAUGUCCUUAUAUCACAAGGAAUAGGUUGGUCCUUGAUCCUACAUUUGUAGCUCUAGAAGUAAGUCAUUGUUCUUUGGGCUAAAACCAAGUAAGAGGACAUAUUUGGAGUGUUUGGUUUCAUGGGUUUUGUUUUAGCCUGCUCCUCAUCAAGUUGCUAGCCACCAUGUUCACAAAACCUAGUGCCAAUUUUAGUCAAGAAGUCGCCACAGUGAUGUGUUGUAGAGAUAUGCUGAAAGAUUUAGAACUUUUUGUAAACUUCAUCCAAAUAAAGUUUAUGUGAGCUUUAUUUGCUUCAUGCGCCUGUAAAAGAAAUGAAUUAUCAGAAUUUGGAUAUUUCGGUCUUAUAAAAGUAUAACAGUGUAGAAAAAUGUCGAAUGACAACCAAUAAAUUUAAGGAGAGCAUGAACAUAGUGAAGGACCGUUUGGUAAUGAGUAAAGUCGAGAGAGAUGUUCACCUGUGCAUUCACUGAGGAAAGGUUCCUUUCCUAGAAUAAUAGAAAUCUGCAUGGCUAUUCAAAUUUUUUUCAUUUUUUGAUAAUUUGACCACAGUUGUUUUUUUGAAUGCUAAAACAAAUAGCUAAGGAAACAGCCCUUGUAGUGAGGAUGGGUCCUUUUGGUCAUGAGAUUUGUACCAUAGGAAUACACAAGUGGCUGCCCGGGUUACUUUUUCAUCUUCAUAAUGGAGGAUAUAUAGUAUAGAAUACUUGAUGAGUCCUUGGAUCCAUUGAGAGCUCUAAUGCUGGAGUAUUCUUACAGGGGAUUAGUGGCAUUGAUAAUUUUGCUAUGCAAGAAUCAUUACUGCCGAUACUAUCUCAUUUUUGUUGUUUGGCAUGGACAUUUGAUAUCACCAGGUUUUCCUAUAUGAAUUAUUUAUUUAUUUUGAUAUAUGUUUUUUAUUUUUUUGCUUAUACAUAUAUUAUUUUCUAGCUAGAAUUCUUUAUUGCUUUGACCUAUGGGUUGGCCCCCUUAUUUGGUCAUGUAAUGGAACUUAUGCCAUUUUGGAAAAUGAAUGUCAUCCAUCAAGGUGAGGUUUGGAGGUAGAAAGCCUGUUUCUUGUUAUUAUAUGUUAACUUCCUAAUUUUCCUUUUCCUGGCACCAGAAUGAAAGCCUAGGACCAUACACAGGGGAUGGAUCAGUUGACAUCCAUGGAAGCCCGGUCUUGAGGCACAAUACAGGCAACUGGAGAGCUUGCCCCUUUAUUUUGAGUAUCCCUUGUUAGACCCAUUGUUUCUGAGCUGUGUGCUGUGAGCGCAUGGCCUAUUAUGGAAUUUCUACAAAUUUGGUGACCUAUCUCACUAAAAUCCUUCAUGAAGGCAAUGCAUCUGCUGCCCAAAUUGUUACCACUUGGCAAGGUACAUGCUGCCUCACUCCCCUUCUUGGAGCUUUAUUGGCCGAUGCAUAUUGGGGAAGAUAUUGGACAAUUGCAGCAUUCUCUGCAGUUUAUUUCAUUGGAAUGGGUGUAUUGCCUCUUUCUACGUUAGUUUCUGCCUUCAAGCCUCCUUCUUGUGCUGGAAGCAUCUGUCCCUUUGCAAGUCCUGCUCAGUAUGCUUCCUUCUUCUUUGGCAUCUAUCUAAUUGCACUAGGGGCUGGAACCAUUAAGGUAUGUGUGUAUUCUUUUGGAGUCGAUCAAUUUGAUGAUACCAGCCCGACAGAGAGGAUGAAAAAGAGUUCUUUCUUUAAUUGGUUGUAUUUCUCUAACAACAUAGGGGCUUGUGUUUCAAGUAUGCUUCUUGUUUGGAUCCAAGACAAUGCAGGUUGGGCUUUAGGUUUUGGAAUUUCUACGGUGUUCAUGGUUAUUGCUAUUGGGAGCUUCUUUUCAGGCACAGUGCGAUACAGGUUUCAAAAGCCAGGAGGAAGCCCUCUCACUAGAAUGUGUCAAGUUAUAGUUGCAUCUGUUCGUAAGUUGAAUGUCAAAGUCCCUUAUGAUAGUUCUCUCCUAUUUGAGGUACCAGACCAAAACUCAGCUAUCCCAGGGAGUCGGAAAUUGGAACAUACUGAUGAAUUCACGUUCCUUGAUAAAGCUGCCACAGUAUCCGAUUUUGAUGCUAAAUCUAGUAACUUUUCUGAUCCAUGGAAGCUCUGCACUGUCACCCAAGUUGAGGAAUUGAAGAUAUUAUUUCGAGUGUUUCCAAUUUGGGCAACCCUUAUUGUCCUCAGCAUUGUUUAUUGCCAGAUUUUCAGCACGUUUAUUGAACAAGGAAUGACUUUGGAUACAAGGCUUGGGUCAUUCACUAUUCCUCCUGCUUCUCUCUCUAUCUUUGUUAUGAUUAGUGUUAUUUUUUUGGUUCCAAUCUAUGAUCUAAUAUUUGUCCCAAUUGCAUGGAAAUGUACAGGCCACGAGAGAGGUUUCUCUGAGCUCCAAAGAAUGCGUAUCGGUUUAUUCGUGUCACUAUUUUCCCUGGCUGCAGCUGCACUGGUUGAAAUACGAAGGUUAGAGAUCGCUAGAGCCAACCAUCUUGUGUACAACACGUUUACCCUUGUUCCCAUGAGCAUUUUUUGGCAAAUUCCGCAGUAUUUUUUGGUUGGUGCAGCUGAGGUGUUCACCUAUAUUGGGCAAACGGAGUUCUUUUAUGACCAGUCGCCCGAUGCCAUGCGAAGCUUGUACAGUGCCUUGUCUCUUCUCAUUUCUGCUUUGGGUUAUUAUUUGAACUCUUUCAUUCUGACCAUUGUUAUAGCAGUUACGAAGAAAGGUGGGAGCCCUGGUUGGAUACCCGAUAAUUUGAAUGAGGGUCAUCUCAACUAUUUCUUUUGGUUAUUGGCUGGACUUAGCCUCCUGAACCUGGUGGUCUAUGUUGCCUGUGCUGGGAGAUACAAGUGCAAGAAGGUAGUGUCCAGAUAACGACCAAUGAUAUGAUCUCCAUGAAUGAUAUGAUUUCCAAUAUGUAUUAAUUGGAAUUGAGAGAACAGAAGCUAAGCAAUGUAUCAAAGUUUGGAUGGAAGUAGGCCGGAAGACUGGGUCAAUAGAAGGGCCCAAUCAAGGUGGAAAUGCAGGCGUUUAGUACAACCAGUGAUUUAAAAAGUGGAUCGGUGACUCAGAUCGGGCGUCACAAAAAUUGAUCCAAAUUGCUGUUUUGUUGUGUUGAAAAAAUAGUGAACCAGCAAAGAAAAAUACGAAAACAAGACGU